UUCUAUUGUAAAUAAAUUAAAAAAUAGUGAAAAAAUCAUGUAAACCAUUCAACUGUGUGCAACAAAUAGUUUGUAACAAUUCCGUCUUAAUUUAAUUAUCAAAUAGUGCAUUUAAAUAAAAAAUUACAAUGGCUAAAGAAAUGAUGAUAACUUUUGUAUAUGAUACACAACUAGUUAAGAGUGAAGAAGAUGAUCCAGCAUCAGCAAUCCUCUACUUUCAUCCUGGCUGGGUGUCAGAUCAACAGCGCACUGCACUUUGUGGCCAAAUUAUGGGUGUAUCACACUUCUUGAAAUCUGUAUUUACAUGUCCAAAAAUCAUAUCAUUGCAAAGUGGAAAGUUUGCCAUCAGGGAAUAUGGAAAAUAUAUUUUGGCUGUUGGGACUGAUCGUAACAUAGCAGACUGGGUACUAGAAUAUAGAGCUGACACAUUGUCUUCUUUAAUCACAUUCUUUCAUAAUGAUUUGGAAGUUAUGGGAGAAUUAUAUAAGAACACAGAGACUUUAUCAGCCAAACUGUAUCAUAUGUUUGAGACAUACUUAAAAAUAUUGACUUAUAGCAGCAAUUUGUUUUCAAACAUACCAAAAAUAAAUUUACCAAAGAGUGCUAGUAAUGUUUUCUUGGAAGCAAUACAGAUUUUGCAGUGCUGUCAAGAAGUGGAUUUUGUUUUAGGUGGUACAAUGCUUUACCAUAAUAAGGUUGUGGCGACCCAAUUGAGUCAAAAUUUGACCAAACGUCUAGUAUUAACUGAUCCAUAUCGUAUUAAAUCACCAGCAGAAAUUUUUGAGGUUGAUUACCAAUUACCAUUAGGAGUACAACUGUUACAGGUCUACAUUGAAGGGGCAGAUUACCAAGACUUAUUGGAGGAGGCGACCAGAUGUCGCACAGUGCAUCAGUAUUUAAAUAAGAAAACUUAUACAAAAAAGACACAGCCUAUGAAGGAACCAGUUCUAUCAGCAAUGAAACGGGAUCAAUCUUUGAUAUUUACUACGGUACCUGAAGAAGAUCCAGAUGCAAAUUCGCCGAUAAAUUUUGAAAAUAAUAUUAUAAAUUCAGCUCCUCCAAGCCGACCUAAGUUUUUGAAUUUACGCAACAAAACAACGGAUGCGAAGAUCGAGGAGAAGCCGAAAAUGGAAGCUUCUACGACGACACCGUUUCACGGUAAAACGAGCAUUUGUUCAACUCCAAUGACUGAUUUGAACAAGGUUGUACAUCAGAACGUCAUGUCUAUUUGCGUGAACCCAGAGAAUGGGGAGAAUUCAGGAUUCGAGAGCGAUCAAAAGACUGACAGUUUAAAUUCCGUGUUGUCUGCUGUUAGCGAAACAACGGAAAAAUCGAUUGGUACUAAGCUGACUAAUAAAACCCCAUAUUUUACUGUGAAUCAAAUCAAACCUAGCAGCAGUUUGAUGAAUGUAUGCGAGAAACCGCCACAAACCCCCGAGAAGAAGCCGAAAGUUUACAAGACCAUCGCCGAUCCUACAUUCCCAGUAUUCAAAUCUGAUGGCUCUUUGGUAUCGGAAUCAUUUUACGAGCAGUAUUUAAAUAAGCACGUUGAUAUGUUAAAUACGGAAGCCAGCAAACAGCAAGAUGAUUGUAAAGCGGACGAUUGGAAAUCGAUUGAAGAUUUUGACAUCAUUGCGCCUAAAAAGAAUGAAUUCGAAAUGGUUCCUUUGGCAACUAAGGUGGCUGAAGCGAAACCGCAAGAGGCUCGAAAAUCACUUUCGUUGCCUCUGAAAUCACUAUCUUUAGAUUCCAAUGAUAACGUAUUUUCUCCAGUAACGCGUGUUAAGCAUUGCGGAGGUGUUCAAUUAACACCGCUAAUGUCUAAACUAUCUCUUUUGGCGAUGGAGGAAAAGUCGAGUGGAUUUUGCAGUCGAGAGACAACACCCAGUGAGUACAAGGAUUACCGUUUCACGCCCACCCAUCCAAACUAUACAUUUGUGAAUCCUAAAAGUGGAAAGUCUAAUAAAGGCGAGAGCAAGUUCAGAACGCGAAUUCACGAAAAGUUGAAGAAAGGUGUGUUGUUUGUGUGCGGACAGCAAGAUAUGGUUGUUGGUUUGUUGCUAGAGGAGGAUGGAUGCGAAAAUCCUGAAAUGAUCAAGAAAUUGUGGGAGAUGUGUGUGGAGUAUUUGGGUAAGCUUGAGAAACAACUAAGGCAGUGUCUGGAAAUGUGUCCCAGCAAUAACAACGGCCAAAACGGCGAACCAUACAGUUACUUGACGAUGGAGCAACACUGGGAUACCGUGCAGAGGGGUGGUCCUUGGGGCGCCACUGAAUUAGGAGCACUCACUCAUCUGCAUCGAGAUUUCGCGAACUCCAAAAAUUUAACAGAAAUUUUAUUAAGAGACGAUGAUUCCAUAAUUUAUGGGCAUCACAGUGGUAAAACCGAAGUAUACUAUCUUCAGGCAGCUAGUAGUAAUGCUGGAUUACCCACUCCUGCAGAUCCCAUGGGUGUCGUUCCAUUGAAGGCUAAAAGGCGCUUGGAGCGAGAUCACGGAGUAAUUUUAUUGUAAACGAUUUUAGAAUAAUUAUAGAGUACUACGUCCCGUGUCAAAAAAAUAAUCAUAAUUGUGAUAUAUGAUAUAUUUUCAAUUUCCAUUUCUUGUAUUCGGCGUGCCAAGGUAUUCAGUUGUGAUAUAAUUGAUAAUUCCAUUUUUUUCGAUUGCUUAUCACUGAGCGCACUGAAUUUACACGUACAUUUGAUAAGUCAAAAUCUAUUAUAUUCUAUUAAACUAUAUAUACACGAGAAAUUAAAUGAAGCAUCUAUUUUGUAAGAUUGAUAUCGCCUCUGAGAUUAUUAACAAAGAAAAAAGAGUAAGUUAAACCGAGUUCUGUUUUAAAGAUUUUUUUGUUACGGCUUCGAAGUAUACCAUGAAAUGGAGGUUUAUUUUAAUGUUUUUUAGUGAAUGUUGGUAGCAAAAUAGUUUUCCUGUCCAUUGUGUAUUGCUGUUAAAAUGAAUAUUGUAGAUUGUAUAAUCAGUAUUAGUGUGAUUUAAACUCGAUGAUUAUUAUUAGUUUUAGCUGUCCGACUAGUCAAUUUGUUAGAUAUCGAAUGUAGUUUACGUUUCACCCGCCAAGCUUCCAGUAUAUCUACUAUACAUAAUAUAGUAUUGUUUCGUUCUUAACUAAUUUUAUUGUACUUUACGAGAGUCGCAUGACUGUAAAUAAUUUUAUUGUUUAAAUUUUAUGAUCAUCUGUCCAUAUUAUAUACACUGUUUUUACUUAUUGAUUUGUUGUUUUAGACUUAUUUAUUAUUAUAAGCGAUCUGUGCAAUAUUACAUUUC